CGCUCCACGCACGCUCCACACACACAGAGGCAGGCAGACACGGCGCAAGAGUACCUAUAGCCGGCGGUCGACCACCUGCGGCCCCUUUCUGGUGGACGUGGUCUGGUGGUGUGCCCAGGUUUCAGGCCCCUCUCUGGCGCCCAAGACACUUUCCGACCCCCGCUGCAGCUUGUUGUGUGUGCGUCUGCCUCGACGCGCAGCGAGCGCCCUUGGCCAUCGCCUGCCGAUAAACAAAACGCUGCUUGUGCAAUUGUGCAACCUUUUUUGGUGACCCAAAGCCAUGGCCUCAACUGCGCGCCGCACCACCGGCAACCGCCGCAACUAUCGCGUGGUCAACCACCGCCCAGACGUGGAUGAAAUGCUUUUUGGAGAACCCAGCAACAAGUCUGCACAGCAAACGCAGCGACAAAAGCAACAGACUUCUCAACUCUCUGGCUUCUUCUCUGGCGAGGGCACCACCCAACUGGGCGCUGGUGGUCGAAUGAGCACCCGCGGUGCUGCCGCGCCCGAGCCCCCUGCCACACAGACCAUCAUCUCCAAGGACCAGAUUCGCACGCUGCGCGUCCCUCGAAGCGAAUCAACGGUCGGCCCGCUCGUGAUUUCCCACCAGGAGUUUAUGCGCCUUCGCCGCAGUGCUACCGUACGAUCCCAAAGCGCCAUUCAACGUGAACGCGACGAGAAGACGCGCCAACGCCAUGCCGCUGCCGCCGCGGCAAAUGAGCGCCGCCGUCAAAUGGAGGCCCUCGACGCUCAGCGCGAUGCCAUGGCGCCUCUGAGCGAGCUAGAUCUCGAAGCCAAGGCCCGCAAUGAGCAUCUCCUUACACACGCACGCCUUCAGCUUGAGGAGCAGGAGGACGAGAUCAAGGCGCUCAACGAAAUGAUCCGCCAGGCAAAAAUCUAUUCCAUCCGCGAUGCCCAACUCAGCGAGCGAGAGGUUAUCGAGCAGGAGCAACGCGAAGAAGAGCGUCGCCUUGACGAGAUGAUGGAAAUUGAACGCGUGCGCAAGCUACAAGAUGCCGAACAAGCAGAGGCUGCUUUGCGCAACGCGCGCCAGCGGGGUGCCCAGGAAAUUCGCACUCAAAUUGAAAUCCGCGAGCAGCAACGCAUGAUCGAGGAAGAGCUGCGAGAACAAGAAACCCAAGCCAUGCUGCAGCGCAUGAAGGACAACGAGGCUGAGGAGGAGCGCAAGGCCAUGCUGCGUCGUCAAGCAGCCGAACGCAUGAUGGAUGAGGUUGCCUCGGCCAACCAAGAAGCCUUGCGCAUCAAGGAACAGCAACAGCGCGCCUUGCAGGAGGAAGACGAGAAAUUGGCCCAAUUUUUGCGUCAGAAGCAGGAGCGCGAAGACGCCCUUGAACAGCAGAAAGAAGAGGUGAAGCGCCGCAAAGACCGCGAAUUCGCCGCCCUUUUGGCUCAGCAGGAGCAGGCCAUGGAUAAGAUGGCCGAGCGUCAAGCCUUGGCCGCCAAGCGCCAACAGGAAGCUGUCGAGCGCCAGCGCCGCCAGCGAGAGCAGCAAGAGGCUGAGCAGAAGCAACGUCAACUCGUUGAGAUCCAAGCCGCCCGUGAUGCUCAGAUCCGCGCCAAGGAAGAAUAUCUGGCCAUGCAGCUCCAGCAAGAUCAGCAAGACUUUGAGCGCAUCCUGCAAGCACAACAGGAGCUGGCCGAAGUGGAAUCCCGCACACGCAACGCUCAUCAGCAAAAAAGCCGCCAUCACGCAGUGGAGAUUCGCAAGCAGAUUGAAGAGAAGGAAACAGAAAAGCGGCGCGAAGUUGAGGCCUUCUUUGCCGAGGGCCGCCAACUGGAUCAGGAAGCCGCAGAGCGCCGCCGCCGCCUAGAUGAAAUCAAACAGCGCAAGUUGGCCGAGCUGCAAGCGCUUGGCAUCGACCCCAAGUACAUUACGCCCGUCCAGCGAUUGGCAAAGGGGGCCGGCAAAACCAGCAUUGCCGCUCACCCCUAGUCAGACCCACCCUUGAUGCCUCGAGUUGUCCGCUUUUCCAAAAAGCUCCCCUUAUUCUGCAUGGUCGCAUGGCUGCUUGUGCAAUCAAGCCGUGGGCCUUGUUCUCUUCAUUCUCUAGCCGGCCGACCAUUGUGUCUGGCGGAUGUCCUUGUUUCUUGUUCCUUUUUCAUAAUUGUAAACUUUUGCAUUAUGUCACCUUGGCUUGUUCGGUUUUAUGGCGGGAGAACGCGCUGCGUUCUGAGUCAUUUUCAUGUCAGGUGUUGAUGGAGUCAAUCAGAUGGAUUUUCCUACUCAUUUUGGCAAGGCAGAGCAUCUCGUGUUGUGAUUUUGGCUAAUCGACUGGUGUUUUUG